AGAUCAAAUAGUCCAGGAAUGGACUCGGAGAGUUCGUUUCGACGAAGUUUACGUCGAAUAAAUCCAUUUCGGAACAAAUUGUUUCGUCUACCAGCUACACCACGUCUGGCCAGAAGUCGGAAAGUUGGCAAUGGAGAAGACGUAACUACAGAAUGGAAUUUCGAGCGAGCAUCAUUUCGACGAAGGGACCCACCAAAUGGCCUAAAUGGCAUGACGAACUCCACUACUGCGAUUCCGAAUCCAAUUCUCGAUGCCACAAUGAAGGGUCCACCGAAUCCUGCCGAGGCCGAGCACAACAUCCACCAGCACAUGCAGAAUCUACUGGUAUCAAAUCGUCAGAGCCAUUUGGCUCGAUUGCCGAGCACAAGUUAUCGAGCCGAUGGGCAGAUCAGUGAGGCCUACUGGUUUGGAGACAUACCCUUCGAUAGGCGGUCAAACAAUUCAACAAUUUCACUGCUAAACACUUCGCAUAGGUUUGCAAGGGAUAGUCGAAAUGGAACGAUGAUGUCAACGGCAUCGAUAAAGAAGCGAUGUUCUGUCAAUGGAAUACAGAAGAGUGUUCCGAUAGAUUCGGGUGGGAAACGUAUGGUAGUCGAGUCACGGCUACAACCGCUGUUCGAUCUGGAUCAGUUCUGUUCUAAGGCUGAUUUGGAAGAGGCAUUUAUUGGACGAGAGUGGGCAUUUAGAGAGAUUUACGAGUCAGCUAUCGUUGACAAAAUUCCCGUCACUAUAGUGGAAGGAUGUCGGGGAUCUGGUAAAACAAGCAUUAUCAAUCAGCUUAUUCUCAAUUCAGCAUUUUACUCUGCCAAGACAUCAGAUACGAUUGACUCUGGUUGUGUGCCUGAUGAUGGUACCAUGUAUAAUUCGAGAAAUUAUGAAUGGAUGAGAGCAGUAGCUACACGACUAGUUGCAUUCCAUAUUUGCAACAUACAGAGUUCAUCGUCCUGCUCCAUUCCCGAAUUUGUCUGCAACCUAGGAGCAUGGCUGUCGCGAUCCCCGAUCCUGAAGAGUUACGCUGAUAUUCUCAAUAAAAAUGAAGAAAAAGAAUCUCUGCUAAAAUUGGAUGAAUGUAUCAAGCACAAUCCACUCCACGUAUUUCGUACAUCUAUCGCCGAGCCAUUGUCACAACUUAGCUGCUCAGACCAGGGCUGUUUGGUGAUAGCAGUUGAUGGUGUGGAUGAAGCUGAAUUCCACAGAAGCGAAGAUGGUCGAUCAAUAGCCACUUUUAUUUGCAAUCUCGUCGCACAUCUUCCACCCUGGGUACGCUUUAUCGUCUCAUGCAAUGCAGAUACUUCACUUUUAUUCGACGAGAUAAUGACGAGAAGAAUCCGAAUAGAUGAUAUUGCUCUAGACGAACGAGUAGUUAGAGAUAGUCGAAUGCUCAUCGAAUAUCGUCUUUCAAUGGUCCCUGAGCUCGACCAUCACUUACUGACAAAUGCUCGCCGAUCGAUAAUCGAUCCGUUCGGGGAUCUAAUCGAUCGAAUAGUAUAUGCUGCAAAUGGCAAUUUGCUCUAUAUUCGAGCACUUAUUCGACUCGUUGAAACUGGACGUUUGCCAGUUAGAUAUCUUAUGCAAUCAAAUCUACCCAUUGAUGACAUCGAUAUGUACGGCUUGAUCAUGGAAUUGACAUUCACUUCACCAAGCAUUUUCGCCAGGGUUGUUCCGGUGUUGAACGUAUUCUUGGCUUCUCUUCGUCCACUGGAUAGGAAUAGAUUGCUAGAAGUGCUAAACGCAGCACAUUCAGAUGUACCAACGAUCGACUCGCAGUUGGACGAAAUUCUCACUAUCCUCACUCCACUUCUAUCGUUCAACGCUAAUGGCUCGAUAACAUUUCACGAUACAGCUAUACGAGAUUGGCUGUUGAAAAAUGCGAAUCAUUCGAAAUUUUGCUCAGAUGCUAGGCAUGGACAUAUCUUACUAGCACUUCAUCUCACUGAACUUGCACCUUUGAACACUUCGCAAACUUUUGAACUUACACAUCAUCUACUGAAAGCUCAUCCUUACAAAUAUAUGCAUGGAAAGUACAUCUCCGAGUUUACCUCAACCAAGGAUGGCCAAAUCCACUGGGUAAAGCGAUGCUCAGAAGAUAUCAAAAGAUCGUUGCUGAACCAUAGAAAUAUGUAUUUCCCCAAUACAAAGGUCACUCAGCUACUUUUUAUGGCCGGAGCUGAUGUCAAUGCUGUGGAUCCAUCCAACGGGCUUACAGUAAUGCAUGAAGCUGUAGCUGCUGGCAAUGCACAUCUCGUAUCGCUCCUGCUAGAUCAAGAUGUUCCAAUCAAGUAUGAAAAAGGAAAGGCAGGAAAAAUGCUAGAAUUGUUUACAAGACUGUUAUCAAGGUUCAAAAGAAAACCAUGGUAUAGAAAGCAUGAAUUCAGUGCAAAAACUUUGAUUCAAAAAGUCAAAAAAUUGUCACAUUUCAAAACAAUUCAUUUCGAGCAGUAUUACGGUGUUUUAUGGUUACAAAAUCCAUCCAUUCUUACCGUAGCAGCACAACAUGGACAUCUAGAGUUACUACCACUUUUAGUACCUCUGGACGGCAUGAAAACAGCUGACAAAGCGUUGGAAGAAGCUGCUAAGCAUGGGCAUGUGAAGGUGAUUCGAUAUCUUCUGGCGCAAAAAUGGUCGAACGAAGAGCAACGAAGAUUAGCGAUUACAGAUGCUAUGGUUGCAGCUUCCGGUGCAGGUCAGACUGAGGUUUGCGAACAGUUGGUGGACGCAUAUGACUGUCACGACUUCGCGAAGGCAAUGUGCGCUGCUUGUGAACAUGGCCGUGCCGAUACCGUACAGUUCUUUUUGUCGCGAGGAGCUUCGUUAUCCACAAUGCAAUGGCCAGCAGAACGUCCAGCCUUGAUUUGUGCUGUAGAAAGCGGUAGUUGGGAUCUUGUGGUAGCUGUGCUUGGGUUACCCGAUUGUGAUAUCGAAUGCAAAGAUGCACUUGGACGAACACCAGUAAUCACUGCUGCACGUUGUGCACACGUUGGACUCAUUGAUAUGUUGGUGAACAAAGGCGCUAAUAUCAAUCAGAGCGACGAUCAGGGUUGGACAGCUCUUAUGCAUGCAGUGCAUAAAAAUCAUCUCCCAUCAGUUCAGCUGUUGUUGGACAGAAAUGCUGAGAUAUCGGGUAAAGACAAAACAGGCCGAGGGUUGGCUCACAUCGCUUGCGCUUCUGCGUCUCGAUCGAUAAUCGAUCGAUUACUCGAAGCUGGGAUGCAGUUUGAAGAACCGGCCAGUGAUGGCAUGUAUCCGCUACAAAUAGCCAUCCAAAAUCGAAAUAAACCGGCCUUGGAAGCUUUGCUGGCUAGAGGUGCUCGGUUACGGUCAUUGUCAUGGCAAACUGCUAUCGAUUCAUAUCCGGAAGCACUUUUUGUCCUAUUAUCAAAAUUGCUUGAUGAUGCUGGCAUUCUAUUCAGGAAGAAGAGAUUUGAAGAUGCAAUGCAUCGACUUCACUACGCGCUCAACAAAUGCGAUAUGUGCUCGAAAAGCGAUAAACUCUAUGAUAUACAGUGUGGCCUGAUGAAGGUUCGACAGCAAAUCAUUAUUUCUAUGGCGAGAGUACUCCGAAGACAAGGCAGAACCCAACAAGCUAUCGAAAUCUGCUCCAGCAUCGACCCUGCAGCAUGUGAACAAGUUCGAUUUGAAAGCCUCUUGCUGCGAGCAAAGUGUCAUUUUGAUCUACACGACAUAGAACGUUCUAAGGCCUGUGCCCGAGCGGCAAUUCAACUGCGUCCGGAUCAUGAUGAAGCUCGGCAUCUUCUCAACACGCUUAUGCUGCCAUGCACAAACAUCUCCAGAUUGUAAACAAUCAUCACAAAUCGCCUUAAACACAAACAUCCGAGUGCAAUAAGUAUGAGAUCUUCUAUAUGGAAACUUUAUUAUACGGGUAAAUCUUCGUAGCUUUGAAAUUUUUCUGAAAAACUCG